AUGUUGCAGACUAAGCCAAAAGUUAUGCAACGAUUAAAGCGCUGCAUGUCUGUUGAUCAAUUUUUCAUCUUCUAUACAUUAAUCUUAAAUGCUUUUUUUCAUCAUUUUUUGGUCAUUGAAAAGCUUUUGAAAGAUUUACAGAAGAUGAAGUCAGAUGAGUCAGAAUCAGAAUCCGAAGCAAAUAAAUCUUCGGUGACAAUCCUUUCUUCUAAGAAGUCCCAGAAAAGAACACUCUGUGGGUAG